GCCCGCAGCGCCCUCCAGCCAGCGGCGAACUACAACUCCCAGGAGCCUCCAUGGCGGGCCGGGCGUUUGUCCACGGCCGCCGCCUGUUUACCAGAGCCGCGCCGGGGCCGGACGGGGUAGCGUUGCCGGCACCAUGCGGGCGCUGCCUCCGCGCUGGGCGCCGUCGGUGCUGAGGGCGGCGGGCGGGUGGUGCCGCGGCUGCAGCAGCUCCGCCGAGCCCGGCGGCCCCAAGCCGCUGAAGGAGUGGACGCUGGUCGUCGGCCCCCGGGGGCGGCUGCGGGUGCGGCUGCCGUGCCAGGUGAGCGUGCGGCCGCUCGACCCGCAGCGCUACCCGGGCGCGGACCGCGUGCUGGUCACCGUCAGCGGCGUGGAGCGGAGCGCCCGCCGCCACCUCGAGCACGUCCGGGUGCGCUACGACGAGGCGCAGCAGCUGCUGGCCAUCGCGGCCGAGGGCAUGGACAGCAAGGCUGCCGUGGACGUCCGGACGCCGGGGAAGUUCGAUUUGGAUAUCAAAACAUCAGGAACUGGCUGUGUGAAGGUUCAGAAAAUGGAAUGUGAUAACUGCAAAAUAGAAACUGAGAAGGGGACUAGUGUCUUACAGUCAAUAAAGAGCCAUAAAAUCGAUAUACGAACAAAUGGUGGCAAAGUAAUUGGCCUUGGAACGCUUUAUGGAAAUACAGAUAUUCAUGCAACGGAGAAGGGUAGUGUGAAUAUAGAGAAGCUGCAGGGAUCAUCUAUCAACAUAUCCACAGAAGAUGGGCUCUUGAAAACUAAGUAUCUCUAUGCAGAAUCUUCAUCUCUCUCUUCAGUAGCUGGUGAUAUUCUGCUGGGAUGUACUCAUGGAAACACCAGCCUUGAGACAAAAACAGGAAGUAUCACAGUAGAUUCAUCAGACGGAAGUCUAAAAGCUUCUACGCUUCAUGGGGCAAUAGAUGUUUAUGUCAGUCAGUUAAGAGAAGUGGAUCUGAAAUCCCAGAAAGGCUCUAUUACAGUCAAGGUACCUGCCUCUCUCAAAGCCUAUUUGCAGUUGUCUGGAAGAAAAGUGGAUGUGAGCUCAGAGAUCCAGUUAAAAGAAACACGGAGUGCCUCCAAAGAUGAUCACGUAAUUUUAAGUGGUCACAUGAAUCAAACUAAUGAAACAGACAAAUGGAUUAAGGCUGACACACAAAGUGGCAAAGUGUAUCUUAAAAGCCAAAGCUGGAUUCAGUCUGUCAAGCUGAAGAUUUCUUAAAGGCGAAAUAGUCAAAAUGAUCAAAUCAAGAAACUGUAAAGGAACAUUUUCGCUUGAGUUACAAAACUUUGUCGGUACAUAUUCUUAAUGUAAGAGAGAAACAAUACUGAAAAUGAGGGCUUUUUAACCCAAGAUUUGCUAGUGACAGUGGCUGGUGAUUAACGGGUCUGGUUUACUUUUAGUACCUGUUAGGAACUACAAGAUCUUACAGAUGGAGGAUUUGUAUGACCCACCACACUCACCAAGUCAGCCUUAAAAGCUGGUAACUUUCAAACAAGAGUUUGGAGUCAUUAUUUAAAAAAAAAGAAAAAAAGAAAGAAAAGAAAAAACACUUUCACCACCUGGCUUUUGGAAACAUGAAAAUUUACUUCCAAGGAGCUGUGCUCUGCAAAUUAUUUUAUAUGUAACAAAGUAUCUCUUUACUGUGGGACUUCCGUUGUUUAUGCAAAACACAGAAUUCUUUUUUCAAUCAAAUUAUGCGUAUUGGGAACAGGAUAAAACCACUUUCAGAACUGUAAUUCAUCACUAGUUUUCUUGUUUGUUUGUUUUUAACCCCUGAGUGGUUUCUGCUUUGUCAGCGGGCACUGUAUGUGUAAAACUGCUUCUACAAAAUGAAAAGACUUGCUCCGUGUUGUCCUGAAUCACUUUCUUGUGGACUGAGUUAGCAACUCCAUGUCUGCUAUAGUUUGUCUACAAAGAAAAGCUUUUAAAAUAAAUACUCAGAAGUGCAACGGGUCUGGCUGAUCUCAAGGAAGAACAUUCCACCAAACAGGACUUGGGGUAAGAGUCCACAUGAACAUUCCCCAUAAAAAAAGCUGCUGUGGGGAAGUACUGGGCUAUUAAAUGAGAGCUGUAAUCUCCUUGCUGCACUUCCAGUGACUGAUCGUCAGCCUUGCAUGACAGGACGGUAAGCUCAUGGAGGCAGAAAGGCAGAGGAGGAAGGAAGGCGAGGGAAGUUUGUACACCCUGCACAAGAGACUAUGAUUUUUGCGGAGGAUUUUGUUACUGUAAUACAAACACACAGUAAACUAAAAGGAGCUUUUAAAAGCCUUUCUGUUUAUGUAUGGCCCCUCAUAACAGGAAUACUGAAGUUUGUGUUUGACAGCUGAAAUGCAGGACUAUCUGGCAACUGAGUGGAUGGAGAGAGACAACAAAAUGCGGAGAGUGUCAGCUCAGGUUUUAAAUUGUGUAUAUAUGUGUAUGUACUGUAGAUCAUAACAUUAUAAAAUGAGAUUCCCCAAGAGGCAUAGUUGCCCCUUGCUAAUGUUCUCCAGCAAAGGCAGUUUUUUUUUACUUUAAUUGAGAGUGGUUAAAAAAUCCACAUUCUGUUUCCCAUUGUGUAUUCUGUUUGUUCUGAUGUUUAUGGCAAAUUAUAUAUAUAUAUUUAAUACACUAGUAUAUAAAACAGUAAUAUCAUUACUAAAAGGAAUAUAAUAUUACUAAAUAUUAUUAUACUACUGUUAAAAGAUAUACAGUUAAUAAAUGUGUAAUGGUUUCCUCAAAAAGCUUUGUAACUCAUACUUUAUGAGCUGCAGACACAAAGUAAGAGAAGUACUCCUAAAUUCAUACUGUAUCUGGAAAUAAAGAAUGUAGUAGAUAUUCCACA